UACGAGUAUGAUUAUUGGUAACCGUGUAGAAAAUGGUUAUAGCACUGAGUUAGAGGAACAAUCUGUUAAAUGUUAUAGACUAAAUUAGUGUUGAGAGAAUUUACAUCUUUCAUGUGGUGUCAGUUAGAGAGUUAACUGGUGAAGAAAUAAUGGCUUUUUUCUGUGGGUGUAUCAUAUAUAUCCAAAUGAACAACGUGUCAGCCUUUUAGCAUCUGAUAUGAUUAAUAAUAAAUCAAAAAACAUUUCACAAAACCUAAAUUCAGUCAAGACAUCCAAAACUGACCACUUAAUCACUAAAAUUGAAAAACAAACAAAACACGCAUCUUCUGAGUAUUGUACGACUUCUGGUGAAAAGUCAGCUCAUGUACAAUUGUCUUCACGUAUCCAAGAUGUUAAGUCUUCCCAGCAACAUUCAGAACAACUUUCAUCCUCCAAAUAUACUUGUCAUGAUGCCAGUAUUUCUAAAAUUGAAAAGCACUUGGCUGAGAAAAGCAGUGGAGGUUUAAAAGGUACACCAGUGUGCAAGCACCUCUACACUUCAGAACCAGUCAAUGCAGCAGAAAAGAGGAAUAAAAGUGGCAUAUCCCAUGCUGCUUGUCAUCUGCCUGGAAGUGUACGCCGAAUGCAGUUCAAAACAGACCACAGUUCAAGCCCAGCAAAAUACAGACCUUAUAAAGCAAUAGCUAAAAGAACUUUGGGGGAGCUGCCUUCUCCUGACAAGAAUCGAAAGGUAGCGCUCCCAAAAACGUUUUUUUCAAUUAAACCUAGUCAAAACUUGGAAAUGGCUGGCACACAGUGUCAAACUGUCAAACCAACUGCUGUGGAAAUCAAAAGUCAGCUAGUAACUAAUAAUGGCAGUGAUUUACAGGAAAAAGAAACUGAAAGCAAAGAAGAAUCAUCUGAUAAAGAUAAACGUAUUAAAAAUAAUCAGUCACUCAUUUCUCGAUUUUCAUUUACUAAGACUGUGAACAGGGAACCUAUUGUAGAUGAAAUUUUACUUAAAAGUAAUCUACCUGGAAAAGUUAGUGAUAGUUCCAAAUAUCAGGAUACUUCCAAUGGGAGUUCUGUCUGUGAUAAUUCUGAAAAUGAAACGGAGAAAAUUACAGUUGGUAGUCUACAAAAUACAAUAUUAUCUGAUUUUGAAAAAUCAAAUUGUAAAGAUAGGACAGAACAUCAGAAUGAUGUUAAGGUAGUAGAGGGUGGUUAUAGCAAGUAUGAAAGAGACAAUAAACUUGCUGCAAGUCCAACCCUCCAGCAAAAUCCAGGUUCAGAAAGUAUUAAUUCUAAAGAAGUGGUUCUUGAAAAAAAAGUUGGCCAAAACGAACUCAAUGCUGUUAGAUGUGAUGAAAACUUAGAGUUACCUACAGAAGAAGAUGAAGCAGUGAAGGCUAGAGAUACAUCCCCUGAUGGACGAUUUCUUAAGUUUGAGGAGGAGAUUGGACGUGGAUCUUUCAAAACUGUGUAUAAAGGAUUGGAUACUGCCACAGGAGUUGCUGUCGCCUGGUGCGAACUGCAGCAAGAAAGAUUGAACAAGAGUGAAAGACAGAGGUUUCGAGAAGAAGCUGAAAUGUUAAAGGGACUACAACAUCCUAAUAUUGUUCGUUUUUAUGACUACUGGGAAGUGAACUUGCCUAAGAAGAAAUAUUUGGUAUUAAUUACUGAGCUAAUGACAUCGGGAACUUUGAAAACGUACUUGCGUCGAUUUAAGAAGAUCAAUUUGAAAGUUCUGAAGUCUUGGUGUAAACAAAUCCUAAAAGGAUUGAACUUCCUCCAUUCUCGCUCUCCUCCUAUCAUCCAUCGUGACUUAAAAUGUGAUAACAUCUUUAUUACGGGGACUACAGGAUCUGUAAAAAUUGGAGACUUGGGACUUGCUACAUUGAAAAAUAGAUCAUAUGCAAAAAGUGUGAUAGGUACUCCAGAAUUCAUGGCACCAGAAAUGUAUGAAGAACAUUAUGAUGAAUCAGUAGAUGUGUAUGCCUUUGGAAUGUGUAUGCUGGAAAUGGCCACUUCUGAAUAUCCAUAUUCUGAAUGUAGUGGUCCUGCCCAAAUUUAUAAGAAGGUUACUAGUGGUAUUCCUCCUCAAAGUUUUGGUAAAGUUGAAAAUCCUGAGCUGCGAGGUAUUAUUAAUUGUUGUACUCGACUUUCAAAAGAAGAAAGGCCUACUGUGAAGGAACUGCUCCAGUUGGAUUUCUUCCAGGAGGAUCUCGGUGUGAAAGUUGAGUUUGUGAAUCGUGAGAAAAGCAUUUCCAGCACUGAUCAGAAAGUUGAAUUACGUUUAAGAGUUCUAGAUCCAAAGAAGAGAAAAGACAAACAUAAAGAAAAUGAGGCCAUUCAGUUUGAAUUUGACAUUGAAAAUGAUAAUCCCGAUGAAGUUGCCCAGGCUAUGCAAAUGACAGGGAUCAUCAUGGAGGAGGACAUGAGAAUUGUGGCUUUGGUAAUACGUAAUCAGAUAUCAUGUUUGAAAAGGGAACGACAGCAUCUUCAACAUUCCCAAUCAGAACAGAUGCAACAGGCUUCACAGCAGUCCCAACAAGGAACUUUUCAACAACAGACACAGCAGGUGCAACAAGGGCAUGGCCAACAACCUCAGCAACCACAGGUACAACAAGGGCAUGCUCAACAACCACAAGUACAAAUGGGACUUCCUCAACACACUCAGUUUCAACAAGGAUAUGCACAACAGUCACAAGUUCAAAAUAUACUUCCUCAACCACAGGUUCAAAAUGUUCUCCAACAACCUCAGGUUCAGAAUGUUCUUCCCCAUCAACCACAGGUUCAGAAUGUUCUUCCCCAACAACCACAGGUUCAGAAUGUUCUUCCCCAACAACCACACGUUCAGAAUGUUCUUCCCCAACAACCACAAGUUCAGAAUGUACUUUCUCAUCAACCACCAUUACAACCAGGUCAACCUCAGUUACCACAAAUGCAACAUGGGCUUCCUCAAAAAUAUGUGCAGCAAGGACUUCCUGAACAAUCAGUUAAGCAGCAGAGCCAGGCUCAACAUCCACAGUUACAACAGAUGUAUCCUCAACAGCUACAGAAUUUUCAAUCACAGAAACUUCAUACGAUUCAGUCCUCGAGUCAAUCAAAACAAUCUGAAGUUAACCAGCAGCAAAUUCAACAUCAGUCUCAGCAAACUCAGAUCCAGGAGCAUUCUGCUUCUUUACAACCAUCCCAGGACUUUGCUUCUAGCACCAGACUGCAAUCAACAACACAACUACAACAGUCAAAAAAUAAAGAAGGUUGUGAAAUAGAGACCUUGAAACAACAACAUAUCCAUGGAAACUCUGAAGAUUAUCUUUCAAGCAGAAUAACAUCACACGUAGAAACUCUUGCUGAUAGUCAUCCAGAUCGUACUUGCCAAGUUCCACCACCAGAAUGCUCUAAUGUAAAUGUAUCUUAUCCUCAUCAGGCUUAUGUGUACCAAGCACAACAGGAAACUUCACAGGCCUCUGUUACAGAUCAAGAAGUUUUCCAGAUUCAACCAAGUCAUGUUCCAUAUGAUGCUAGGAUCAUUGAUUGCUGUUCCAGUAAUGUGGACUCUGCAAGUGAACAGAGUGACAUCUCAUCUGACAUUUCUGUUAAACAUGCAGUACGAAAGAAACUUGGUAAGCGUAGACGGACCCAAGAUCGGGGUCCAAGACUUACUGUUUUGAGUGUUGAUGAGGAUAGUGUUGUGGAAUGCCUUUUAGAAUCAAUGAAGAAGACUGUCACUUUCAAGUUUGGUAUUGAAGAUGUUGUUCCAGAAGAAAUAUGUAACAAUCUGGUGAUGACUCAGUUACUUGCUGAACACCAUGCAGAUAUUUUUAUUGAUCAGAUUGAGGAGAUUGUGUCUCAGCUAAAAGAACAUCCAGACAAGAUUCCAGUUGUUCAUAUAGGUGAGGUCCAUGUUCCAACAUCCACAUCAAGUCCUGUAACAGGAAGACGUCCAGGACUAAGAGAGCAGCUGGAUUUGGACCACAUCAAGAAAUGCAGUUUUGAUAGUCAAGAUGGCAGUCUUCCUUCAACUCCUAAAGUAGAUGGUGAGAGGGAAUUCUGCCCAGCAUCAUGUGGAUCACCGGCACACAAGCCCCAUUUCCAGUCUGUCAUACCCUCCUCUCCGCAGGUUGAGCUAGGAACUCGUCAUUCUUUCCAUCCAACAGCAUCUGAAGGAAUUGUAGCUAGCCCACAAGCACCAGCCACUUCACUACCUCAGGCAGUUCAAGUGGGAUCAAGAUUUAUGGUCAGUCCUGUUGAAGAAUAUCGUUCGUUACAUGGUUCUACAACUCCACCAGUAUUAGCCAGUGGUCCUGUAGUUCAGGGAGAUGCAUCUGUUAAUGAAACGAGAAAAGUAGGUAAAUUAAUAGAUGCUGGUGACAAGCAAGUGCAUGGAACAAGCUUUACAGGUUUGCAAUCUCAAUACAGAACUCCAGAAAAUAUCACUACCAGUGAGGCCAGUACUCUGACAGAUGAUGGAUGUUCUACUCAGAGUGAGGUAGAUACAGACACAAGACAUCCAGAGCUUAGCACUAAUAAUCAUGCUGCUCAGCACCAAUCCCAGAAUCUGCCUCAUGUUCCUGACCUCAGUAGUCUACAGCAGAAACUAGCCGAGUUGACCUCGGUUGUGACUUGUAGUAGUUCUGCCACAUCGACAGUGGACAGUGAACUGGAAAGCAGGCAGAUGAUACCAUUAUCUUGUGUGUCAACCCAACAUAAUAUAACAUCCACACCAUGUGUGGAAUCGUCUCCAAGUACUAAUGUAGAAGUGGUUGCUGGAAAAUUGGCAGUAGAUACAGUGGAAUCACCUGUCACUAUGAUCACUUCAGAAGACAAUAUUUCAAUGAUUCAAAGUAAGGGUCCCGAGUCUGUUAAAGGCUGCUAUCAACCAGAGACAUUUCAAAUUAGUGGACAAUAUGUGCAGUCCGUUGUUGUUUGUGAAAGUGAUAUGACCACUAAUCAAGGAGGAAGUCAUAUAUCACAACCAGUACCACAGGAUGUUUCUGCAGUCAGUCAAAUUAGAGGUAAAAAAAUGCAGCCAGUAGUUCUCCCACAUGCUGUUGCCAUAAACAGCCAGCUUGGAAGUCAAGUAUCACAGCCAUCAGCUGUCACUCUCGUUUCUACUAUCAGCAAUCAGCUUGGAGGUCAACUACCACGAUCAGUAGCUGUUCCUCCCUCUACUACUAUCAACACUCAGCUUGGAGGUCAACUACCACAGUCAGCAGCUGUUCCUCCCUCUACUACUAUCAGCAGUCAACUUGGAGGUCAUCUACAGCAACCAGCCACUAUACUUCUCUCUUCCAAUCUAUGUGCAGAUAAACUAUCACAGCCAGGAGUUAUUCCUCACUCCACGACUAUCAUUGGACAACAAAUACCAGAGCCAGCUGUUGCCCCAGUGUUGGUUAAUAACACCUGUGAACUAUCACAGAACUCAGUUGAUCCUCAUUCCAGUGCUACUACCAGUCAUCUUGAAAAUCAAGUACCUCAAGUGUUGUUCCCUUCUACAGUUGUUACCACCAUACAGCUUGGAGAUCAGUUGCCACAGACAAUAGUUGUCUCUAAGUCUACUAUUACCAGUGCAGAUUUUGGAAAGCAAACUGUUCAACCAUUAAGUGUACCUCAGACGUUUUCUACUACAAAUCAGUUGGAAGGACAUGUAAUACAACUUAAAGUUGUACAGCCUACUGCUGACAUUGAUAAACUUAAACACCAGCUUAAAGAACAAGCAGUUAUUGUUACAUUGGGUGAUUAUGAGAAUCAAAUGGCAAAUUCAGUGGGUAUGAAAAAUACAAACAUUGUCUCUCAGUCUGCUCUUCACACAAAAGAAGUAAACCAUAUAGAGUCCCUUACAUCAGAUCAUUUAGUGGAUCAGAAAGAACUAUUAGUAGCAUCUACUGUUAAUAGUAGUCAAACGACUGUGCUGGGUGCUAAAACAGAACCCUACCAGCAGUCAAACAUCUCUCAUCAGACCUCUGUAGGAUCAAAGGAUGCACCAUCUACUAUAUCAAGUACUGCACAAGCUUGUGUUUUUAACUUGUAUAAUAAACCGCUGUCAGGAGCAAGUACAGUUGGUACUCAGUGCAUAACUAACAGUUCUGUAUCUGGUGAAAUGGGUACAGCAGGUGUUCAAUCAUUAGGAUUAUCAGUAGUGUGUUGUACAUUGACCUUUCCAAUUCCAUCCCAACCAACCUUUGUUAUAAGUACUGCUACAUCAGGUUCUUUUUUCUCAGAGACAGGCAUUGUUUCUCAGUCAUGUAUUGCUACAUCAGGACACCAAAUAAAGGAAAAAGAUUCACUUCCUUUUUCUUCCACAUUAGAUAAAGAUGCAGUACAUUCAUCUACCCCAGGGAUAGAAUCAAUGACUUUAAAUGCAGAAUUCCAACCUCCUUUGAAUUAUGGAGGAAACACAAGUACACCUUUGUUUGUAUCUGUCACUAGUGUUAUGUCCCAUUUACCUUCUGAUGCUAUAGAGACUGUGUCAUCACGUUCCAAAGCUCUUCCAUCCCUGUCUUCUCAUUCAGAUGCUGUGACACCCCGAAAACUAGCAGUGGCCACUAAUCUUGAAAAUUUAAAACUAGAACUUCAAAAAUUACAUAAUGUAACUAGUGCUUCUGCUGGUUUAACUGCUAACUUUGAACAAGGUUUGCAAGCUAUCUUUGCACAGACUGUACCAGCACAAACUAUCACUACACCAGCACAUUCCCAUCCCCAAGUGUUGUCCCAUGUCCAUUCUGAGAUAUCUGGAUCCCAGCAGAAUUCAGUUUUGGACAUCUUACCUAAGCUUCAUCAUCCUUUGUCAGGCCAGGUUCUUCCUCCACCCCACUCUCAGCCUCAAACCCCUGCUGCAGUCAUGGAAAUGGCAGAUGUCACUGAGUCCCACUCAUGCAAUAUCACACCUGGACAGCCAUCUCUUCUGAAACCUGAAUUCUUUCUUCCUGUUGCUUCUCUUGCCAACAGUGUAGUUUUUCCAUCUUUGCAGCUUCAAUCAGCUUCUGUCACUCAUGGUUUUCCAAGUCACAUUUUACAAAGCCCAUCUUCAAGUGUGUUAUGCACCACUUCAUGUGGAAAUCCAUUGUUUCAGCAAGCUUCAUCUACUGAGAUUCCUUCAGCUGUUGAUGUCACUUUGUCUUCUUCACCUGUCUCAUCUACUUGUAGUGUCAGUACCCAAAUGCAACCUCCUAGCUUCUCAUCCCAUCUCUUGCCAGGAAACACAGCUUCACAGCAAACUCUCACAAAGGGACAACAGACUAGUAGGUUUUCUCGGUUUUUAGUAACUCCAGUGAGAGAAGUACAUCAAGAUGAGCCUGAUUCCAUUUUUGAAAACACUUGUCUUUCUCUAGAACCAAAUGGUGAAUCAUUAAUGAAGAGUAGCUUUGAGGCAAAUGUAAAUGAAGCCACAAAGUAUCAAUUACAAGGCAGCAACUCAACCUCUGAAGGCUCCAAUCUAGCCUAUCAGUGUGGCCGUUUCAGUGUAAAACCAGUUAACCAAGAGAACCUCGCUGGCAUUCCUUUUCAACCAUCAGUUUGCAGUACUGAAAAUAGUGCCAGUUUCAAUCCAUUAUCUGUGGUAGCACCUGUCCAAGAUGAAGUUAGUCAGACUAGUCCAGAGGACCCUGACUGCAGAGGAGCUGGAACCUUCCCAGACACAAAAUUUCCUUUAAUUCACUUCCCAUUCAUUCGUGAACAUCGUUCUCAGAGUGACUCAGCUGUUUCCAGAGACUGUUUUCCAGUUUCAGUUAUCCCUAAAGUUACAGACAUAAUAUCAGAAAACAGUAAAUUCAAACAGCACACAGGUUUAAUAGGUUCUCCAGACACUUUUUCUGCCAGUCCAUAUAGGUCUGUUUUAUCAAGUAUUGAGCAUUUAGCAUGUGAUUCCCCAAGCUCAGAUAAUAGUAUCACAGGAACAUUGGGUGGUUAUGCAACUUUCCCUUCCAUAGAAACUGUGUACAACUUCAAGAAACACCAUACUGGAGAUAAUGUUCCCAGAACUUUAGAAAUGGCCCUGGCCAAAAUAAUGGGAAGCACCAGAAGUGGUCAUCCUCACCUAUAUAACUUACCCCCAAUCCUACAAAGUGAAGGUUUUGAGUCUCCUGUACCACCAAAAACAAAUGAUUUGCCAACUCACAUGACUUUCUCCCCUAUUCCCCAUGCACAUGAUAACCAUGUUGUACUAAAUCCUUUCCAUACUAAUUUAAAGUCACAUGCAUUACAAUUAAAAGAUGCUGAAACCCAAACUAACAAUGUCUUCUACAGAAAUGUUGCUGUCAAUACUCCAAGACAAAGAAGGAUCCAAAACAUAACUAACUUGCAUAAAACAAAAAGUGAGACAUCUCUUAAUUUUUUGGAAAAUAAUAGAGAAAUAAACUAUAUUAAAACUUCUGGGGUUAUCAGAUCUACUGUUACCCACCACCCUUUUAGCCUUAACAAAAAACUUGAAAACAUUCCUAGGGUCAGUAGUGUAUCAGAUUUGUCCAAGUUGUCCAAGAGUCCGAGUAUGAAUGAUGUGUCUACCCCAGCACGCAAGAAAAACAUGCUUGAACUUGGGCGCAGUGUUUCAUUGGGAAAGUUUUUGAGUGCUCUAGCAAAUGAUGACCGACAAGAUUCUGAUUUUGAGGAUGAUGACUCCAGUGACGAGUAUUUACACUUGUUAGAAAGACAAAAGAAAGAAAGGGAAGAAUUGAAGAAAAAGCACCAGCUUGAGUUAGCUGCCUUCAGACGUAUAAGAAGUAGGCCUUCAAGUGCAGAUGGUCACAGACAUAAUGGUAGUUCCACACUAGCUUCUCUAACUGGUGUGAGAUAUCAGCCUGGUAACGGAAUAAAUUAUGACAUGAGAUCAAGUCCUGAAGAGUUGCAGCACAAAGCACACUUCCAAAGUAUGCACAGAUUUUCUGCAUCUCGACCUACAGACCUACAGUUAAGUCCACCACCAGGGUCAUUUCAUUCCCUGGGGAACUCGUACAUCGAACCUUUUCAGCCUUCUUAUGGUGGUAGUGCUCCAGUACCUAUUGUGAACACCAGGCCAAACUUUGGUUGGUUUGGCUCUGGCAGUGCACCCUCACACUCAAGGACAUGCUUUACUGAUGAUUCAGAAUAUCUACAGCGCUCUUACUCAACAGAACUUCCAGAAGAAAACUUGAGUUUCCCACCAGCUAAACCCUUAUCUGGAAAUUUUGCAAAGUCUCUCUUAGAUUUAGUGGCAUGUGCUGGCCCAAGCAGUCUAAGUAAUAUUCCUACCAGCACUGAAUCAAAGAUGACUCUGAAUCAGAUGAAACAAAAACAGAAAGAAAGAAUGGGUGAAGGUAGUGUGGCUGGUUAUGGAAGCACCCCUCCUAGUUGUGCCAUGUCUCCAAUGACAACACCCCUCUCAUCACCUCUGUUAUAUCGACGUAUCUUCCAUCAAGGCACUGGUGUUUUACCACACCAUCCUGAUGUUGCUUCCUCUCCUAUGAAUUAUAACCAGUAUAUGGAUGCCAUACCACUGACAACAACAAAUUCAUCAUUCAUUUCAUCCAAUCAAGCUUUCAAUGCAAUGAAUACUCCUUAUCAUUAAAAUAUUAUUAAACCAUUGAUGUGCAAGAGAUUUUAGAAGAAUUAAAAAUGGUGCCUUUUGUUUCAUUAGAAUCUUAAUUUGAGGGUCAGUUUAAACACCAAAAUAGCAUUUGCUUGCUGUUGUGUGUUUAUUCGUUAGAAAACGUGUUUUGAUUUAUGUAAUAGUUUUAAUAUGAUGACUUUAUAUCAGUGUGGGAUUAAUAUUGGAUUGCUGCUGUUGAUGGAUGUAGCUUUUUGGUAUUAUUGUAUAAUUAUUUGUUAGUUCCUCAAAUUUUAAUCUAAUAACAGUUCUUAUUGUCACAUCUAGUUGAUUUAACAUUAUAUGUAAAAUAUUUUCAUAUAUAAAUGUUCAAAGUUGUAAUGAAAGUUUAAGCUGGAAACAGCACUGGAUAUACUAGAUCGUGAAAUUAAUUACUUUUUUUUUUGUAGCCUCCCUGGUUUGGAGGAAAGUCAUAUGAAACCUCAGAGUAUUGGACAACAAAAUAUUUUUUAUGUUCUUUCAUGGAAAAAAUUUUAAGUUUUAUUAUAUAUGUCAAAAUAGCUGAAAUGUUUAGAUAUAUGAAAUGUGUGUUAGAUACUUGAGAUAGUUUUUCUUUUGUAAGCAAGACUUCUUUUUGUUAUUUGUUAUGAAAUUUGUAUUUUAUUUCAUUGGACAUAAGUUCAUGAAAGAAUGUUUUAAAGUAUAAGAAUAGUUUUAUGUAAAGCUAGUAAAUAGUCAUUAAACGUAAACAACAAAAUUAUUUUUGGUCAACUUAAUUUGUUUGUUUACAGCUACUAACAUUGGUGUAAAGUGGGCCAUGGGACAAAUAAUGCUUUGCCUUCUCCCCAAUUAAAACUUUUUUUCCUUGUUUCAAAAUAUGUUCCUCUCAAUUCCAAUAGUCACAAUUUCGAAUAUCAAGAGGUAGAAGAAAUAUUUGUACAGAGGAGUAUGUAUUUAUCAGAAGUUGGGAAUUACACAUCUGUAAUACUAGCAAACUUAUCAGAGGGGCCGCUUUUUUAAAAUCAAUAACUAUAAAAAUGUAAAUUAAGGUUUGUUUUACUAAUUUUUUUUAGUGAAGUAGCAUUGACCUUGUUCUAUGGGAAAAUGAUGUGGAAGUGAUGAUCUGUACAAGUGUUGUAUUGGUAGUUAGAUACGUGUAAACAAAGAACAGCAGCAUAAUACCUUGAAUGAAAUACUGGAAGAUAAUUAUAUGUUUGAUGUAUAUUGUAUGAUCAAGUUGUGAAAGGUUCUUGGUCUGAUUCUGUGUUUUCAAACAAAAAUAGUCUUUUGUGUCCUGUGAUGUUAUCCUAGUAGAACACCUUUAAGAAUUUUUUUUAUAUGUGCUUUUCAAGUUAUCGUUAACACUGAUUUCUGUAGUACAUACUUGGAAGCACAUUACUCACAGAAAUGGCAUUAUAAAGUUUUCUAAAGUCUGAUGCAUAAUUAGAAGUUUCUCUUGGUACUUAUUUUAUGGUAAAGUUGAAGAUAAUUUAAUCUUACAAGUACAAACUACAGAUCAGGAAGUGUGUGUAGAAACUUGGCUGGAAUAUAGAAAUAGGAACCAGCUUGCUUGAAAACUGUACAAAAAAUAAGGUAUAUACUUUGUCACAGAAACUUUAAUAGGUCCUUUUUUUUCUCAGUCACAGUGUUCAUAAAUGUGCAAUUAUUUCCUGCUGUUUAUUGAAACUACUAGUUUCUAUUGCAAUGUUAGUUUGUUGAGCUUUUGAGCAAGUACCAUUUAUUGUACAGUGGUUUUAGUUUUAGUAAACUGAAAUACUUAAUGAUAUUUGUAGUACGUAAUCACUGCAAGGUUAAUAUUUGUCACUCUUGUCAUGCAAAAUAAUGCAAAGAUUCUGUAAGUUAUUUCUAUAUAGCAGAAAAGGGGGUACAAAUUAAUAAUUUUGUAAACAUUUUGUUGAUAUUGGCCACUUUCAGCUGUUUAUCUAAUUAUAUUGUAGUUAUUGCAGGUAUAUGAAAGUAUUGUAAAAAAAAAUGUUAGCUAGCAUGGGUAUGGGCAAUAAGUUGCAUGAGUGUAUGUACUUGUAUGGAUGCUGAAUUAGUGGGUAAAACUGAUGCUUUAUUCAUAAAAUGAUCCCAUUAAAUAUGUAUAUAUAUAUAUAAAUAUAAUAUAGUACCUUAAUCCCUUCAAUGGAAAUAUUAAAAAAAAGGCAAAAGCCUUUGUUUCAUUAAAAUUGGGUUUGCUCAAUAAAUAGUAUAUCUUCUCCUUA